AUGAACAAUGACCGGGUCAUGUUCAAAAUCAAAUGAUCACAGUUUUUAUGGCGUUUGUUUUCAGCGCGCAGGUGCUGCAAAUCUCAAAGUGCUCGGCGUGCGACACGAGUCUGCAGCUGCCGGCCGUCCACUUCCUGUGUCGCCAUUCGUAUCACGUCCACUGCUUCGAGUCCUACUCAGAACGCGCCGAUCGAUGUCCCGCCUGCGCCACGCAGAACCAAACUCGAGACCGUGACAAUCUCGCGGAGAGGGCCGCCUACAGCAAAUUCCAAGCCGAGGUUUUCAAAGAAUCUAGUCAUCGCUUGUGACUUUUGGAUUCAGCUCGAGUCUUGCACCGACAACAUGGAGCUGAUCGCCAAGUAUUUGGAGAAUGGCCUUUUCGAUGAUCACCGCCACAGUAAGAAGAACGACGUGAGUUUACACUUUUCAGUCAAAAGCUUUAGAGCUGUUGUUCGAUUUUUAAUUUUUUUCCAGAGAUAAGUCUAUACUUGCAGAAGCGGGCAUCGGGGGCGAUUCUGUCGACGAUGAUGAGCCGGACGUCGUCGACGCCGUUCGACGACGACUGGGAAGACUCGCCGUUGUCGCGAACAAUGUCGUCCGCGUCAACGGUGUCGCGGCCGCCGCCUUCCGUUAUCAAGAGCCUCUACUCUCCUGCAGUCGAUGAUUACGACGAUCGCAAGAAUCCGUUCGCUUCCGAAGACGUCACAACAAGGAAGAAAAAGUCCAACACUGCUUAUGACGAAUCGAAAAACCCCUUUGGUAACACCCCAUCUAACAAUCCUUUUGAUGAGGAAUAG